GGAGAGAGGGAGAGGAGGCGGGCCUUAGCGAGGUAGAACGGGAGAAAGGGAUCCCGCCGCGCGCGCUGUGAAGAGAAGCAGAGCGGAGCCUCGGUUGCAGUCAUGAGCGGCGGGGUCUACGGAGGAGAUGAAGUUGGAGCUCUGGUCUUUGAUAUCGGGUCUUACACUGUGAGAGCCGGCUAUGCUGGAGAAGACUGCCCAAAGGUUGAUUUCCCCACUGCCAUUGGCAUGGUAAUGGAUCGGGAUGAUGGAAGCUCCAUGAUGGAGAUUGAUGGUGACAAAAACAAACAAGGCCCAACGUACUACAUAGACACAAAUGCCUUGCGAGUUCCAAGGGAGAACAUGGAGGCCAUUUCACCUUUAAAAAAUGGAAUGAUUGAAGAUUGGGAUAGCUUCCAAGCAAUUUUGGAUCAUACUUACAAGAUGCAUAUUAAAUCUGAAGCAGCUUUGCAUCCUGUCCUAAUGUCUGAAGCACCGUGGAACACCAGAGCGAAGCGUGAGAAACUGACCGAACUGAUGUUUGAACAUUACAAUAUUCCCGCUUUCUUCUUGUGCAAAACUGCAGUACUUACAGCCUUUGCUAAUGGCAGAUCCACAGGCUUGAUUUUAGACAGUGGAGCGACACAUACCACUGCAAUUCCAGUGCAUGAUGGAUAUGUGCUCCAACAAGGGAUUGUGAAAUCGCCUCUAGCUGGAGAUUUCAUUACAAUGCAGUGCAGAGAGCUGUUUCAGGAAAUGAAUGUCGAGAUAAUCCCUCCAUAUAUGAUUGCCUCCAAGGAAGCUGUUCGUGAGGGUUCUCCAGCAAACUGGAAGAGGAAAGAGAAAUUGCCACAAGUCACAAGGACUUGGCACAAUUAUAUGUGCACUUGUGUGAUUCAAGAUUUUCAAGCUUCUGUCCUGCAAGUCUCUGAUUCAGCAUAUGAUGAACAGGUGGCUGCACAGAUGCCAACUGUACAUUAUGAGUUUCCCAACGGUUACAACUGUGACUUCGGUGCUGAGCGGCUAAAAAUCCCUGAAGGUUUAUUUGACCCUUCCAAUGUAAAGGGUUUAUCUGGCAAUACAAUGCUUGGUGUGAGCCAUGUGGUCACAACGAGUGUCGGAAUGUGUGAUAUAGACAUCAGGCCGGGCCUGUAUGGUAGUGUGAUUGUAGCAGGAGGCAAUACACUACUGCAGAGCUUUACAGACAGACUGAAUAGAGAACUCUCCCAGAAAACCCCUCCAAGCAUGCGACUGAAGUUGAUAGCAAACAACACAACAGUCGAGCGAAGGUUUAGUUCCUGGAUUGGAGGCUCCAUUUUGGCUUCUCUGGGUACCUUCCAGCAGAUGUGGAUCUCCAAGCAAGAAUACGAAGAAGGAGGCAAGCAAUGUGUGGAAAGAAAAUGCCCAUGAAUCCUGUGCUGCAGGAGUUUGCCUUCCCUAGUUCUUCUAAUAUUUGAUAGCUUUAGUAUGCUCAGGAAUUGAAGUUUUGUCUCUUUUGUAGCAAUUCUAUACUUUUUGUGCAUUCUCUUUUAACAAACCAUAGGUAUUUUAAAAGUCCAGACUGCUUCUGUCACCACAAAUGGAUGCCCGUAUCCUUGGUAAAUGCAAUAAUUCCUAAUUUUUAUAUAAUUUUUUAUAGAAUAUCUAUUUUCUGCAAACCCCCUACACAACCCUUUUUUUCCUGGGAACUAAGGUAUAAAGUAUGGAUGUAACUUCUUGCCUUUCAACAAAAUUUCUAAGAAAUGUGUCUAUCUUCAGACUAGUCUUCCAUGUUACGUUGGCCUUAAUAAAUUCCUCUAGUUUGUCUUA